AUGUAUUCUCUAUUUAAACAUCAGAAAGAACUGGUGGAGGCAAAAGCUCGAGAGGAACACGCAAGAGUCUUGCUUCGGAAUUCAUCUCCAAAGAAGAGUAAUUAUGGAGUUAUUACUCCAAUUAUUUAUCAAACACAGAAACAACAGCAACAAAUAAAUUGCCAUUCCGUGGCAAGUACAACAAACGUAGAACAACCAUAUCGGAAUGAUCAAGCAAUGAAUUCUCCAACAUCAAAACCAAUAAUUCGAGGAGGAGUGUUUAAGCAACCUUCUCCGCCAUCAGUAACUGAUUCCCAAUCGAGUAUGCUUAAAAAGUAUCGGGAUGUCCAGAAAAAAUCAAAAUUUUCAAAUAAUCAUGAAAGUAUCACAAAUGACAUGCUUCACGCUGCGGACACUGUUGGAAGAGUCAUUGAACAAUGUGAUCCCGAUGACGAAAAAUACAAUAUAAGGCUCUUGUUAGAAGAGCUCAAUCGGUUGGACAUUUUGAAAAAGAAGCGAAGAAGUUUGGUUCCCAUGAAACCCAUUUCGUACACAAAAAGAGAAUCGAAAAGUCCUUCGUCACCACCUCGAAGGAGUUCUUCGUGCUAUUGGGAUAAGGAAAAUGAGACAAGUGCAUCAUGUCUGAACACCAGUUUUCAAUCGACAGCUGCAGCCUCGAUGAGAAGACCCGGCUCGGCACCCAGUUGUAGAAUGGGAGGUGGUGCAACCUCAGUUGCGAGCGUCCCAGUCUCUGUGUCACGUACCGUCAUCAGUUCAAAUUCUCAAUAUUUGGCAAAUGUAAUUCCUUCAAGAUGUAUCGAUAGCUUUGUCGCCAGCCGACCAUCUCGACCCAGCUCUGCCAAACGACCUUCGAGUGCCACCCAUGUCAAAUAUUUGAAAGAGGGUAAAGUUCCUCCCCAUGAUUUGAUGGAAUGUGAGGAGGAGAAAACCUUUAAAGAGCAACAGUUGAAUGAUCUCUUGUAUAAUUUGGUUUGUGAAUAUCAUUACCUAAAAGACCGAGGGAAAGAGGAAACUGAAAAGGAAAAAAAAGAAUACAUUGCUUUGAAAGUAAGCUUUCAGAGAGUUUACCCACUCAUCAAGAAACAUUUCCAAACAUAUUUUGCCUCGAGAAAGGAAUUCACAUGGAGGGACCAGCAAGUCAUCCAAUUAAAUAAGGAUAUAGAGGAAAUUGCUUUGGAGGAGCAAAUAAGAGAUCGAGUCGAGCAAGAACACAUGGAUUUUCUCACAAAAAAACUUAAAGUGAAUCAAAUACGUAAGGCAUUUAAGGCACAACGUCAGCAGAACUUUUUGAAACGAGUGGUCGUGAGCGAUCCAAGAGCUCUUUCGCAGCUGCAACAGUUGUGUAAUGAUGACAAACUUGACGAUGCUCUCAAUGAAGAGAUCGAGGAGUGGGAGAAUGCUGAAUUGUAUGAUCCUCUAGAUUAUGAAAGGCCCUCAGUCGAUAUUCCAAAAAUUGAUUUAACCAAAACUAAGAAAAAGCAAUUUGCUGAUAAUGUCUCAGUUGGAGGGUACAGUACGGGCAGCAGAAUUUCAACAAAUGAUCGAAAUGCCCAUAUGAAGUUUUUGAGGCUCAUGACACCAGAGGCCUCCAGUGGUCUGCGGAAUACACCAGACAUGCUAACGCCAACACCCACCAUUUCAAGAGCGAACAGUGCACGUCUCAGUUCUGGAAGGAGAUUUUCUUUUCAAAAGAAGGCACCUGUACUGGAUGAACUGGAUAAGAGGUGUGACAAAAUAGUAGUUACUGAGAAGAGUGGAGGGAAUCCGCUGGAUGAAAUUGACAAUUUUGAAAAACGUUUGAACAAUACUCGUAAAAAGGAUUUGAUGUGGUGA